GAUAGAAACUGAAAGAGAAAAAAGAAAGAAAGAAAGGAAAAAACAGGAUUAAAACUCAAAGCUUGUUCCACUUUUCCCCCUUGACGCAUUCCUCGGCGCUCAGGAUUCGGCAGAAGACAUCAUGAAAUUGGUUUUUGCCUAUGUACUCACUGGAUUGUGUGGCGUGUUUGCGAAAGGUAGGGCGCAAAAGGGGAAGUUCAGUGUUCCUUCUCUGGAUGUGAAGACUCGGCAGCUGGUCCUGCAGGCCAACCAAACACUACAGCUAAACUGCAGGGGCCGCUGGGAGCUGAGCUGGGCCUUGCCGGAGGGCUUGGCCAGAGACCAGGGCAGUGUGCAGGUCAAGGGGUCCCGCUGCGGGAGGACCGGCCAGCAGUACUGCAGCUGUCUGACGGUGGGCUCCGCGCUGGCCCAGCACACCGGCUUGUUCCGCUGCCGCUACCAGCACCGCCCCCGCAAGCAAGCCUCCGUCUACGUCUACGUCACAGACAGCCGGCGGCCAUUUGUGGAGGUGCUGGGUAAGAGCCCGGACGUGCUGUACAUGAAGGAGAGGCAGCCGCUGGUCAUCCCCUGCCGGGUCACCCACCCUAACGUCACCACCCUGCUGGUCAAGUUCCCUGACCACAAACUGAGCCCGGACCAGAGGAACAUUGUCUGGAACAGCAGGCAAGGCUUCACCAUCCGCAGUCCCACCUUCUUUUAUGUGGGCCUCUUCUUCUGUCAAGCCACCGUUGACGACGUCAGCUACUCCUCACAUAUCUACAUUGUUCACAGACCAGUGAAUAACAUCAUGAAGGUGUUCCUGAACAGCAGUGGACCGGUGAGGAAAUUAAAGGGAGAAAGACUGGCCUUAAACUGCACGGCCACGGGGGCGCUGAACACCAGAGUCAACAUCAGCUGGAACUACCCGAGAAAGGAAAACAGAGCGGGCAGCAUUAGUAAGCGAAUCAUGAACAGUGGAAGCCACAUGCUGUUCUACAGCAUCUUGACCAUCCCCAAACUCCAGCGGUCAGACAGGGGCCUCUACACCUGCCAAGUCACCAGUGGCGAAAAAAUCAAAGAAGCAAAAGUUAACGUCACAGUUUAUGACCGUCCGUUUAUCCGUCUGAAGCCCAGACAUGGAUCCGUACUGGAAGCAUAUGCGGGACAGAAGUCUUUCCGACUCUCCCCUAAACUUCAAGCCUACCCUGAACCCGAGGUCGUCUGGUUGAAGGACGGCACGGUGGCAGCAAAGCAUUGCUCCCGAUACCUCGUUCAGAAGAAUUCGCUGGUGAUCCGGGACGUGGCGGAGGAGGACGCGGGGCGGUACACCGUCCUGGUGGCGCUCAAGGAACACAGACUCGACCGCAACCUCACACUCACGGUGGUGGUCAACGUGAGUCCUCAAAUAGGGGAGAAGGCGGUGUCUUUGCAGGACCCGGGCACCGUCCCGCGGGGCAGCAGGAAAGCCUUGCACUGCACAUCGGACGGCGUGCCCCCGCCACACAUCCAGUGGCUGUGGCACCCAUGCCCGUCCAAAGGCCUGUGUGUGUGUCCGACGUCCUCCUCCCUCUGGAGUCCCGUGGGCGAGAGGGCUCCCGGCACGUCCGCACACAACCGCAUCCUGAGUGUCACACACAGACAGGAAGUGCUUCAGGGGAAGAACAAGACUGUGGGGGUCCUGACGGUGGCGGAGGCCUUUGUGUCCGGCAUCUACCGCUGCGUUGCCUCCAACUCUGUGGGCUCAGACGGCUUGGACACUCACUUCUACGUCACAGAUGUCCCGGGAGGCUUCAGUGUGAGCCAGGGGGAGGAGCCUAGAGAGGGCGGGGACCUCCAGCUCACCUGCACGGCCAAUAAGUACCUGUAUGCAGCGUUGUCGUGGCAACACAUGAGCGACAGCCCAUCUCGCAGAGCAGCCCUGAACAGUCAGCUCACACCAGGGGAGUUCUCCCAUUCCCUGACCCUGUCGCUUAGCAACCUGACAGCCAGCGACGCCGGAGCCUACCGUUGCUAUGCCCGUCACCUGCUCACAGGACACAUGACACACCUGGAUAAGCGGGUGGUGGUCAAAGUUUUGGAGCCACCCGCUCUUCUCCAGAAUCUGACGGACUGCUCAGUCAACGUAAGCAGCUCCGUCACCCUUACCUGCCUCGCCCAGGGCACACCGCUCCCGAGCAUCGCGUGGUACAAAAACGAGCGCCCCCUCUCGCAGGGAUCGGGUAUCGUCAUUCUGCAGGAGGGUGGGAACCUCCAUAUUGAUCGAAUCACAGUAGAAGACCAGGGCCUGUAUACCUGCCGGGCGUCCAACGAGAGAGGCUCUGCAGAGAGCUCUGCCUACAUAUGGGUCAACAAUGUUUCAGAGGCAUCAUCUCUGGAGAUCCCCACCCUGACCUGUACCUGUGUGGUAACCGCCCUCCUCUGGCUGCUGCUCACGCUCGUCAUACGCAAGCUCAAACAGCCCAAUGGUUCCAGUGCCAAAUCGGAAUACCUGUCAAUCAUUCUGGACACGGGGGAGGGGCCAGCGGGGGAGCAGUGUGAAAGACUGCAGUACAACGCCAACCAAUGGGAGUUCGCCAGGGAGCGCCUCACCUUAGAGAAACCUUUGGGUCGUGGAGCCUUCGGGAAGGUCAUGCAGGCGUCUGCCUUCGGUAUAAAUAACUCCACCGGCUGCACUACUGUAGCUGUUAAGAUGCUUAAAGAUGGGGCUACAGCCAGUGAGCACAAAGCUCUAAUGACUGAACUGAAGAUCCUCAACCAUAUCGGCCACCAUCUGAACGUAGUCAACUUGCUGGGGGCCUGCACCAAGCCAGGAGGUCCACUUAUGGUUAUUGUGGAGUACUGCUGCUAUGGUAAUCUCUCCACCUACCUAAAGAGCAAGAGAGAUGUGUUUGUUAACAGCAUGGUGUUUAGAGGAGAGGAUGAAGGGAUAAAGAGGCUAGCCAGCGUGUCCAGCAGCCAGAGCAGCAUCAGCUCACAGUCUGAUGUGAUGGAAGAGAAGACGGACGGUGAGCAGGGCACCUUGGGCGAGUCCAAUUCUCCCUUACUCAUGGAGGAUCUGAUUUCAUUCAGUUUCCAGGUGGCACGGGGAAUGGAGUUUCUGGCCUCUCGCAAGUGCAUUCACCGAGACCUGGCAGCCAGGAACAUUCUGCUGUCGGAGAACAAAGUAGUGAAAAUCUGUGACUUCGGGCUGGCCAGGGACGUCUACAAAGACCCCGACUACGUCCGCAAGGGAGACGCCCGGCUGCCGCUGAAGUGGAUGUCCCCGGAGUCCAUAUUUGACAAGGUGUUCACCACCCAGAGUGAUGUGUGGUCCUACGGCAUCCUACUGUGGGAGAUCUUCUCUCUGGGAGCGUCUCCGUACCCUGGCCUUCACAUCGAUGAGGAGUUCUGCCACAGGCUGAAGGGAGGCACACGGAUGCGGGCACCAGAAUACAGCACGCCUGCCAUUUAUAGCACUAUGUUGGCAUGUUGGGAGGCUGACCCCUCAGACCGGCCUACCUUCACUGACCUGGUGGGGACACUUGGAGACCUGCUACAAGCAAGAGUUCUGCAGGAUGGAAAGGAUUAUAUUCCUCUGGGAUCGUCCAUGUGUGGCGACAGACUCAGCAGCGAGUCCAACACGGAGAAAUUCUCCACCAACCAACCACCACAUGCAGUCACUAAUCUGGGUUACAUGCGGGGGAUGGACCCGCUGCAGACCUUUGAGGAACUUCCCUGCAAGGAGCCGGCUAACCCUGAUGAGGAGCAGGGAGACAGUGGGAUGGUCCUGCCCUCAGAGGAGCUCAGACAGCUGACCUGGAGCGACGGCACCAAGAGCAGGAAACUGAGCAGAUUCUUCACCUUCAGCAAAUGCAGGGCAAACCAGCUGACCUGCCUGUGCGAUGACGUCACAGGUCUCCAGGGCGACGACCCCUCCGUCCUGCCGUGCGGCUGGGAGUCCGAAGAGGGCGGCUCUCCUCCUCCGGACUAUAACUCCUCCUUCCUGUACCCCUCCCUCUAGUAUCGCCCCUUCUCAUUCCCGUCGGUCUUCGGUGACGCAGUAAAGUUUUGGUUUCCAGACGCACAUUUUAUUGGUCUUCUCAGCUGCGUCACAACUUUUCCCAUCGGUUUCAU